ACACACACUGACUGACUGCUAGUGACCAGACAAUAAGUGUCUGUGUGCGUCAGAUUAGAGAUCAUAGCUCUGUCUCAGACUGCAGCUCAAACGCACGCCAAUGGAUUCUGGACGUCCAUUCCCUCUGUCAGUCUUCAUCAGGCUGUUGAUGAUUUCUGCAACAGCCUCAGCAGUCAACCUCGAAGGUGAACUUUUUAAAGAUUUGAUGAAAGGCUACAACAAGAAUGUGCGGCCCAUGGAGAAGAGUGGGGACAUAACCCAGGUCUACAUCAAGAUGACCCUCACCAACCUGAUCUCUCUGAAUGAAAAGGAGGAAGCUCUGACGACCAGUGUCUGGAUAGAAAUGAACUGGUGUGACUACAGACUCAGGUGGGACCAACCACCGAGGUCAGCUCUGUAUGGGAACAUCACCUCUGAGCUACGUGUCCCAUCCAAAAGCAUUUGGCUGCCUGAUGUAAUCCUGGAGAACAAUGUGGAUGGACGGUUUGAGGUAGCGCUUUACUGCAAUGCUCUUGUGUCUCCUAACGGCUGUGUGUACUGGCUGCCUCCGGCCAUCUACCGCAGCGCCUGCAGCAUCACUGUCAACUACUUUCCUUUUGACUGGCAGAACUGCACCUUGGUAUUUCGUUCUCAGACCUACAGCGCCAAUGAGAUCGAGCUUGUUCUCAAGGAGGAGGAUAACCACACGUUGGAGUGGGUUGAUAUCGAUCCGGAAGCUUUCACAGAGAACGGAGAGUGGGUCAUCAAACACAGACCGGCCAAGAAGGUGAUCAACACUCAGUACACUAAGGAUGAACUGGAGUACCAGGAGGUGGUCUUCUUCCUCAUCAUCCAGAGAAAGCCUCUCUUCUACAUCAUCAACAUCAUCGCUCCUUGUGUGCUCUUCUCCUCCCUAUGCCUGCUCGUGUACUAUUUACCCGCCAAAGCUGGUGGUCAGAAGUGCACCAUGUCUAUCGCUACUCUUCUGGGCCAGACUGUGUUCCUCUUUCUCAUUGCUAAAAAAGUUCCUGAGACUUCAAAAGCAGUGCCUCUUAUUGGAAAGUAUCUGAUGUUUGUGAUGUCAGUGACCACCAUGGUAGUGAUGAACUGUGUGAUAGUCCUUAAUGUAUCCCUCAGAACCCCAAACACUCACAUAAUGACAGACAAACUUCGAAAGAUCCUUCUCAACAUCCUGCCUCGGCUGUUGAGGAUGCAAAUGCGGCCCUGGACACCAAACAAAGGCAAAACCUCAGAAACUGUCAGAAACGGUGAGACUAAGUUUACAGACAGGAAUGGAGUGUUUCUGAUCCCCUGCAGGCGUCGCAGCUCCAUGACCCUCAUCAGUAAGGCAGAGGAGUACGCCCUGAGAACGGCCCGGUCUGAACUCAUGUUCACCAGACUAAAAGAGAGGAACGGACUGAUGAAGUCUGUAUUAGAGAAACUACGUGAUGGUCUGGAUGGGGGUUCAGCUGAGCAGCUCAGUGUCAGCCUGGCCAGGGCUUCUCCUGAGCUGAAACAGUGUGUCGCCUCCUGCAAACACAUAGCUGAAACAGCCAAACAGCAGAGCAACUUCCAAAAUGAGAAUGAAGAAUGGUUCCUUGUUGCCCGGGUGAUCGACAGAGUCUGCUUUAUUGUCAUAGCGCUGGUGUUUUUUAUUGGCACUAUUGGGAUUUUUCUGAUGGGCCAUUUUAAUCAACCUCCCUCCUCGCCUUUUUUUGGGGAUCCGAAAAUGUACCUCCCUCCAGUAAACAACGUCACUGAUUUAACAGAGAAAGCGUCAGGUGUGGACGUCCUGGGGUGAAACCGUUUCGUUUCACAUCAUCUGAUUAAUUCUAACAGGAUCCGUCAGUGAUCUUCAGCAAUGACUGACACACAGGAGGAAGAAGAUCCAAAUUUAUGGAUCGUCUGCACUGUGGGUUUGUGAUGUAACGCAAGGACUGAGUAACCCUGAUGACUGGGAUUCAGCUGUAAAUGAUUACCCAGGCUGUGUUUGUUAGUCACUUUUUGGAUUUUAUGAGUAAGGCCAUUAACCCUUUAAACCCAAAGCCUAAAAUGGUCCAUCUGGACUUUUUUUAUUAUUAUUAUUUUGACUAUAAAAAGGUUAGAAAAUAUGAUAUGAGUGAGUCCUUUUGCCCAUUUUUCUGGAGUACUUAAAUCUGUCAAAAUCUAGCAGUUAUUUACAAUUCACUGCAUGUUAUAUUACGGCCAAAACAGCUUCUUCUCCAGUUUCUAGUAGAGCCAUGACUGAAAUUAAUAUCAACACAAUAAAGUCUAUAAAGCACAACAUCUCAGGUUUAAGAAACUGAUGGAAUUUUUCCAAUUGCACCAACAGUGAAAGAGUUACAGCCAUCCAAACUGCAUAUGCGCAGGGUGUGUCAGCGAUGACACGUCAGGUUUUAAAGAGUUAAGAGACAGUAGAUGGAACAUGGUGUUGAACACACAUGGAUACAGUUCAGUGAAUUUACAACCAAAUGAUGAG